AUGGCACGGCCGGUUAAGAGGCAAGCACCAGCAGUACCACCAGCAGAAGAGAUUAAGGAGGAACACCUUUUGGCUUUCAUUGUGAAGGAGAAAUAUAAAGAUAAUAAAUGCAAAGAAGAACUCGAGAAAUAUUGUGAAGAGUUGAAGAAAGCAGAUGAGAAUUUCAAAGUGAAUGAUAAAGUUAAAGGACUUUGUGAAAAAGGAAAACAAGAGGAUAAAUGCAAAGAACUGAAAGAGAAAGUUGAAAAUGAAUUGGACACUUUUGAUGUGGAAAUUCAAGAUGAAGAAGAAUGUGAAAAACAUGAAGAAAAAUGUAUACUUUUAGAAGAGACGGGUGAUGAUGAUGUUAAGGAGAAGUGUGUCGAGUUGAGGGAGAAAUGUUACGAAUUGAAGCGUAAAAAGGUGGCAGAGGAGCUUCUUUUCAGGGCGCUCGGAGGAAAAGCUAAAGUAGUGAAUGAAUGUCAAGCAGAGAUGGAAAAGGUUUGCCCAGUGUUGAGCCGAGAAAGUGACGAGCUGAUGUUUUUCUGCCUUGAUUCUGCUAAAACAUGUGGAGAUCUGAAAACAAAAUUGGAUACUGUUUGCCUGCCUUUAAAAGAAAAGCUUAAAGAUGGAGAUUUACCGGGAAAGUGUCAUGAAAGACUUGAGAAAUGUCAUUUUUACGGAGAAGCGUGUGAUAAACCAAUGUGUGAUGAGGAUAAGAAGCAAUGCGAGAAAAAUGGAGUCAUAUAUAAAGCGCCAGAAUCUGAUUCUAGUCCGGUCAAGCCGAAGGCGUCGUUGUUAAGAAGUAUUGGGUUGGAUGAUGUGUAUAAAAAGGCUGAAAAAGAAGGAAUUAUUAUUGGGAAAUCAGGAGUGGAUCUACCAAGGAAGUCGGGUACAAAAUUUCUGCAAGAUAUCUUACUACUGUUGAGCCAAGAUGAGAAGGAGAAGAAACCAGAAGAAAAAUGCAAAAAAGCGUUAGAAAAAUGUGGUGCUUCUGAGUAUUUGGAUGCUGAUUUGAAAAAGUUAUGCAAAGAUGGUGAUAAACAAGAGAAAUGCAAAGCAUUACUAGAUGUAAAUGUAAAAGAAAGAUGUACAAAUCUCAAAUUAAAACUUUAUCUCAAAGGGUUGUCUACAAAAUAUAAUAAUGAAAAAUCAGAUCCUUUAUUCUGGAGAGAACUGCCAACAUUAUUUACGAAGGGAGAGUGUGCAGAACUUGAGUCGGAAUGUUUCUAUUUAGAAAAUGCGUGUAAAGAUAAUAAUAUUGAUGAAGCAUGUCAAAAUGCGCGAGCAGCGUGCUAUAAAAAAGGACAAUAUAGGAUGUUGAAUAUGCUCUUUCGAGGGGGGUUGAAGGAGAAGCUUGAUCGUUUAAGAAAUUAUAACAUUCCUGAAGAAUGCAAAAAAUUUGUGGUAGAAGAGUGUAAAAAACUUGAUAAAAAAUACCUUCCAAAAUGUCUUUAUCCUAAAGAAUUAUGUUAUCUGCUUUCAGAUGAUGUUUUCCUUCAAUCCAAAGAGUUAGGUGUGCUUUUGGAUGAUCGGAGAGAUUUUCCAUUUGAAAAGGAUUGUUUUGAGUUGGAGGAGAAGUGUGAUGAACUUGAAACUUAUUCAUUUUCGAAUUCAGAAAAGUGUAUAACAUUGAGAAGGCGCUGUAAAUACUUAAGAGUUUCAGAGGGAUUUAGAAAAGUAUUUUUAGAAAAAAAGGAUGAUUCGUUAAUGACUCGGGAAAACUGUACGAAGGUGUUGCAAGAAAAAUGUGAUGCUUUAUCUAGGAAAAGGAGGAAUCCAUUUGGGUUUUCAUGUGCUUUGCAAGAAGAAACAUGUGAAUAUUUGGUAGCCCGUACAAAAGAUGAAUGUUUCUAUUUAAAAGACAACAUGGAGAAUGAAGAAAUUCUAAAAGAAAUUGAAGAAAAAGCAAAAAAAGCAAAUGGAAAUGAAACCUUGGUUGAAGAACUCUGCACAACAUGGGGACGACAUUGUCACCAACUUGUGGGGAAUUGUCCGGAGCACUUGAAAAAAAAAGAUGAUAAAGAUAAUCAUAACUGUGAUGAACUCGAAAAAAAAUGUAGUGAAACUUUUGAAAAGCUGAAAUUGGAAAAGGAGCUGACUCAUCUGUUGAAAGGAAGUUUAAAGGAUGAUAAAUGUAAAGAAGCAUUAGAAAAGCAUUGCCCUGAGUUGGAAAAGAAUCAAACAUUCAAAACUCUGUAUGGUAAAUGUGAUGAUAAUACCAAGGGAAAUGUUUGCAAAAAAUUAGUUGAAAAAGUAGGGAAGAAAUGUCUUACUUUAAAAACCGAUCUGGAUGAAGCGAAAAAAGAGUUGACAGAGAAGAAAACUGAGUACGAAAAGGCUAAAAAGGCGGCUGAAGAUUCUACGGACACAGCUAAAUUAUUGCUAUCAAGGCCUAAAAAAGCCGUAACAUCAAGUGGACAGAAUAGCAGUGGUUCUGUACCAGCACAGCCACCAGCAGCACCAGCAGCACCAGAAGCAGGAUCAUCUUCAUCACCACAAGGGCCACCUUCAUCACCAGAAUCAUCUUCUACAUCAAGUGGAACACCAGGCACAACAGAUGGAACGACGAAGAAUCCAAAACUUGGACUUGUUAAAAGAGCAUAUGUAGAUGGAGGAGUAUCAGAAGCAGAGGUAAAAGCAUUUGACGCAACGACGGUAGCAUUGGAAUUGUAUUUGGAAUUGAAAGAGGAAUGUAAAGCUUUAGAAUUAGAUUGCGGUUUUAAAGAGGAUUGUUCAGAUCUUCAAGUUUGUGGAGAAAUAGACACGUUAUGCGGAGGAAUAAAACCAUUAGAAAUUAAGCCUCAUCAUACAGAGACGCAAAAAGAAAUCUCAACCACUACGACGACCACUACGACGACGACUACCACAACUACUACCACGACUACGACGACAACAACUACUACUACCAAGCAGGGAAGUGGAGGAAAAGUAACAGAAGAGUGUACAAUGAUACAAACAACAGAUACAUGGGUAACACGUACGUCAUUGCAUACGAGUACGACAACGAGUACGUCAACGGUGACGUCGACAGUGACGUUGACGUCGAUGAGAAAGUGCAAACCUACCAAAUGUACCACCGAUUCAAGCAGAGAGACAGAUAAAGGAGGAGAAGAUGAAGAAGAAGUGAAACCAAAUGAUGGGAUGAAAAUAAGAGUUCCUGAUAUGAUUAAAAUAAUGUUGUUGGGAGUGAUUGUUAUGGGAAUGAUGUAA